AUGUUCGCCGGAGCUGGGCACGGCGGCGGCUCGCCGGAGCUGUGGGUGGUCGGAUUUUAUGUGGUGGGUGAUGAUGGUAGUGUUAUGAUGAUUAGCAAUAGCAAUAGCAGCAGCCCUUGCGCGGCCUGCAAGAUUCUACGCAGAAAAUGUGUAGAAAAAUGCGUGUUGGCCCCUUACUUUCCUCCGAACGACCCGCUCAAGUUCACCAUCGCUCAUCGUGUCUUUGGCGCCAGCAAUAUAAUCAAGUUCUUGCAGGAAGUUCCUGAGGCACAAAGAGCCGACGCAGUUAGUAGCAUGGUGUAUGAGGCGAAUGCACGACUAAGAGACCCCGUCUAUGGUUGUGCCGGUUCAAUUUCCCAACUCCAAAUGCAAGUCUCUCAACUCCAACAACAGUUGGCUAAAGCACAAGCACAAAUUCUCAGCUUACAAUCCCAACAUUCUUCUCUAAUCUCACUCUAUUCCAUGGACAUAAACUCAUUCAAUGACUUCACCAGUAGCCCACAUACCAGUUUCAUUGAAGACAACAACAACAACAUUGGACUUCACUUGGACCCACUUUGGACAUGA